AGGGACGCUGCUGGGUGGUGCAUCGCGCGUGUGUGAGAUUCUGAGAGGCCGCCGAUUGAGGGCGCUGCUGCCGUGCUGGGCCUGUGAAAGAAUUGUCAGCUUGCGCGGUGGCUUCGUGAAGCGGCCAGAUCCAAAUCUCGAUUCUGGGCGGAGAGAGAGAAAAGGCUGGAGGCGCCUCACGGCUUUUACGGAAGCCUCUUCCGUUCCUGUGACCCGCUGAAGAAAUCUUUUGAUCAGGCCGUUGGAUUGUUCUCAAAUAUGGACAGAAAUCCAUCACCACCUUCUAGUGAUGGAGAGGAGGAGGAUGUGGUUCCUGAGGAUUCUAUUGGAAAUACAGUCUAUAGCAAACACUGGUUUUUCAGCGUCCUUACAAAACUAAUUGAGGUUAUUAGCCCUAAAAAAGAAGAUUCUGAGUUGAACAGUGUUGAAGAACAGGUGGAGCUGGAUGAAGAUAUGGAGAAUGAUAUUUGCAAAGUAUGGGACAUGUCAAUGGAUAGGGAUGUUGCUUUAUUUCUACAAGAGUUUAAUGCCCCUGAUAUAUUUAUGGGUGUGUUUGCCAAGUCUAAGUGUCCACGGCUUACUGAAAUCUGUGUGGGAAUACUGGGUAAUAUGGCCUGUUGCCAAGACGUAUGCAUGUCCAUUAGUAAAGAUGAGAACCUUGGACAGAUGGUGUUGCAACGUUUAUGUGAUUCCGAUUCUCCUACUCUGCUUGAAACAAGCAGGUUGUUGCUGACUUGCCUCUGCCAAACUGACGUGGCCAGUAUUUGGGUGGAAACAAUUCGAGAAAGUCCCUCAGUGUAUGACUGUAUCUGUUUUAUCAUGUCUAGUUCAACAAAUGUGGAGUUGCUAGUGAAAAUAGGUGAGGUGGUCGAUAAGUUGUUUGACUUGGAUGAAGAAUUAAUGUUAAACUGGAUUAAGAAAGGUUCUUGUCAGUCAGUGGUGCAGCCUGCAGAUGAUUCUCGAGAUGAGGUUCCAGAUUUCAAGAUUGUGCCUUGUCUGCUUGAAGCUGUAAAACAAAUCUGCUCAGAUAAUAGUUCUGAAGGACUUGAUGUUUAUAUGCAUAUCCUCCAGCUGCUCACCACUGUGGAUGAAGGCAUUCAUGCUAUUGUACAGGCUCCUGAUAAUGGAAAAGAAACUUGGAGUUUGCUGUAUGACCUUUUUUGCCAUGAACUCUGCCAGCCAGAUGAUCCACCAAUUAUUGUUCAAGAACAGAAGACAGUCUUGGCAUCUAUUUUGUCUGUGUUAUCCGCCAUCUUUGCUUCACAGACUGAACAGGAAUAUAUCAAGAUGGGGAAAAAUAUGCCUCUGAUUGAUAGCCUGACUAGAGUCUUGCAAAACAUGGAUGAAUGUGAGAAGAAAUCUGUAGACAUCUCCAACAAACCCAAGUCAGAGGAGGCUGAGAAGUUGGGAAUAGCUGAGGAAGAUUUCCAUUUUAAAAUCUUGAAAGACAUAUGUUGUGAGCUACUCUCCAAUAUGCUUCAGGAACUUUCGAAGGAAAACAUACUGGAGGGGCUCAAGCAAGGCCAUCUAAAUGAACAGAAAUGUUCUUGUGCAUUUCAAAACCUUCUCCCAUUGUAUCUCUCUUCGGUGGAGAAUUUUCUUGAAGUGCUGAAAGAAGCUGAUCAGGUCCUUGCAGGCAAUUUAAGGAAAAAAAUCCCAAGUUCGAGACUCCAAGAAUAAGAGCAUAUGUAUUGUAUUGUCUUACAGAAAGAUUUUGUAUCUUUUAUUACUGUUUUAAGAAAGCAAUGUGUGAAGAAUUCAGAACUUUGUCAUAUUUCUUAAACUUCUCUGACACUCAGACAAGCGUUUUCAUAAAACAAGGAUGGAAGUGAUGGAGAAUGGCACGCAAAACAGACUUUAGGAGAGCUUGUUUUCCAUCUGCAACUCCACAUUUCUAAGUGUUGUACAUGAGGGGGAAUACGAACAGUUUUAUUUGUUAGUAGCCAUUGAAAUUGUCUGCCUCCACUUAGUUGCCAGAACAAAUAUGCUUCAUUAAAACUACAGUUUGUAUGUAGUUUCAAAAAGUUACCUUUGAAUGGUAAUGUUAAUUACAAAAUAAGAUGUUCUGAAGGAGAUAUCUGUUGCUAUGUUAUGUGCAAGCUUAUCCUAAUGUCGUUUUCUGAAGGGGUAGAAUUGUAUCUUGUUACAAGCUGUUUGCUUUCAGCUCAUAGUGGCAAUGGAAUUUUUCAGCCAGGAAAAAAAUGUAACUAAACAGGCCCUAAAAAAUGAUAUUAUAGCUGGGAUCCACUUGAAACAAGUGGCUGCUCUACUUCCGUAUGGGAGCUUUUUAAUACCUCCCCCUUGAAGAAGCAGCCUCCAUGCUCCCUGCAAACCCCUUUCCAAUGGUUCCUGCAAAUUGACAAAUACAUAUGAUAUAAAGAGCUGCUGUUAAAAGGAGUUUUUGUCAUUUUUCCGUGUGUACAAGCAGAGGUGAGUUUGAAUCUCACACUGUGUGUGUGUGGCAUUUUUAUAUGCAACUAUCAGUGAAACUGGUUUUAUAUGUAUAAUGGAAAUUUAUUCUUGAAACAGAUUUUACAUAAGAUGUUUAUUAAACACACACACUAGAAUGAUUUUA